CUGCUUCCGGCUAGCUCCCGUAUAUAUGACCGGUCCGCUUACGGGUCGCUAUAUAGCUUGCGGAGCCCUUUAUUUUGGCUAUACGGACGAUUGCUUUGAGGCCUAUUACAAGAAGGGCGACAUAAUACUUCCUCUAAUCCGCAAGCCUCCUCUAUACCUCUCUUAUCUCUUUAUAGGCAAUAACCCGCUUUACCGGGCCUUCCGGACGAAUAUCCGGGUAUAUAAUUAUACUUUUACCUUUAUAUUAAUUAGCUAUAAGAAGGACGCCCGGAUUAACUUCUCCCGUAGGAUCUAGUACUUUUAGAUCUAUAGC